AUGUCAGAUAGUCACACAACAAUACCGCCCAUAAGUGCAGAAAUCAGUGAAGGGCUGAACAGGGCAAGCAUGACUGGAGUUACAGAGUCCCUGACCGGCAUUUCACAAAUACUUUGUGAGCUGCCGAAAAGAACAGAAAUGGCCCAACUCAUCAAAGACACCGUUCAACAAGAACUUGGAGAGAUAAAAACAAUUUUACAUAAUCUCCGCAAACACGAACACACAGACAGAAGUCGUACUUCAAGUCAGAAGCAAUGCCCCGUCACAUCCAAUUUCAAUGACGAGAUUAUGGUAGAGGAUGGAGAGGGAGAUUUCACUCCGGUCCUCUCAAAGAAAGAUAGGAGGAGGCGCGCGCAGGGGCUACGUACGGAAACUGCACCUGGGCCAAUUGACUCUACCACCCGGGCGAGAUACACCGUAAUGAUAGAGUCAAUUGAUCCCAGACAUAACGGAGAGGAAAUAGUAAAGGAGAUAAAAAAUAAGGUUGAUGUUGUGGAGAUGGGCAUAGAAGUUAACAAUGUUCGUGUCACUAAACAACAGAAAGUUGCCGUAAUAUGCAACUCAGAAAAGGACCGCGCAAAGUACGCCGAAGCUGUGAAAACGCACACCGAGAGACUCACAGUGACUACUCCACAACUGCGUAAACCCCUGCUACGACUCAUAGGUGUUACACCUGAUGUAACAAAUGAGAAAGUGGCAGAGGCCAUAGUGAAACAAAAUGAGAGUCUGAUAGGUAAUAUCCCACAGGUAGAACGGCAGGUCAGAGUUGUUCGACGAAAUAGGGGUAGAACCAGCGCGACCAAUAAUUUGGUCAUCGAAGUUAGCCCCUCAAUGUGGGCCACUCUCAAAGACCGUAAGAUCCGAAUUGGGUACCAGAUUAUACCGGUGUAUGAUCAGUCACCCAUUGUACAAUGUUUCCGAUGCCAGGAGUACGGCCACAGGGCACCAAACUGCCUAAACAAAAACGUUUGCGGCUACUGCACUCUAGACCAUGACACACGCAGUUGUCCACAAAGGCCGAACGCAUCACCCUGCUGCGCCAACUGUAAAAAACAGGGCGUAGUACACGAUCAUCCAGCGUAUAGCACUGACUGUCCAGAAUGGCAGAAGUGGGACCGGAUAGCUCGGCUAUCGGUCCAGUAUUGCUAA